AUGUCGUCCGUUGCAAGCUCCAACAAAACCCCUAGAGGUGUGAAACCAGCAUUCGUGCCAAGUGGUACAGACGCUCAGAGUACUCCGAUACGUAAUAAACAACCAUCCGUAGAAAGAGUUACAGACCGUCUGGAGACUCCCUCGCUGGAUGACCGCUCCUACCGCGUUAUUCGCUUGUCUAACCAGCUCGAAGCUCUGCUCGUCCAUGACGCAGAGACCGACAAGGCUAGCGCCGCCCUUGAUGUCAAUGUUGGGAGUUUCGGCGAUGAGGACGAUAUGCCCGGCAUGGCUCAGGCCGUUGAGCAUCUUCUGUUCAUGGGGACCAAGAAAUACCCAACCGAGAAUGCAUACAACCAGUACCUUUCCGCCCACUCGGGGUAUUCAAAUGCAUACACUGGUGGGACGUCGACAAACUACUUUUUCGAGCUCAAUGCGAAGCCAACCGACGAUGCACAGAUAUCUGAUAAUAACAAUUCUCCGCUAUACGGCGCCCUUGAUCGAUUUGCGCAGUUUUUUAUCGAGCCUCUUUGCUUAUCUUCGACCUUGGACCGUGAGCUCAAUGCAGUGGAUUCGGAGAAUAAGAAGAACCUACAAAGCGACCAAUGGCGCCUGAACCAGUUGUCCAAGUCUCUUUCGAAUCCCAAGGAUCCGUACUGCCAUUUCUCAACCGGCAACUACGAAGUUCCAAAGACUUUUCCCGAGUCUCGGGGGAUUGAUGUACAGGCCAAUUUCAUUGAAUUCCAUAAAAAGCACUACUCGGCAAACAGGAUGACGCUGUGUGUCCUGGGUCGUGAGCCAUUGGAUUUGUUGGAACAAUGGAUUGUCGAAUUCUUCUCGGCAGUGCCGGAUAAGAGGCUUCCUUCGAACCGAUGGGAGCCAGAAAAGUUGUAUUCCAAGGAAUUUCUUGGUAUCCAAAGCUUCGACAAGCCUGCAAUGGAUUAUAGAGAGCCCAGUUUUUUCCCCUUCUUGGACAAAGAGUUCCUCUACGAGUCACAGCCCAGUCGGAGGUAUAUGCAUAAUUCUCGUAUACCAGAAGACCUGUAUUUGAAUUCCCUUGGUCAAGAAGAUGAUUCUGAUGACCCUGAAAUGACUCGAGUGACGCAACGCAGACACCGCAGAGGGCGUGGUGCUCGCAAGAACAAUGCAUAUUGGAAGCAGAUAAACAGCGAGGUCAAUACGAAUCCAUUUGAUGGUCGCGAGCUGCUCUUUGACGAUGGAAACGGGAGUUUGAAGGCGCCUCGUAUGGCAAAUCUUGAUACACAGCUCAAAAUCUCAAAGCACAAAGGGGAUGACUUGGUAAUGUCUUCACACUGUGCAAAGGAGCUUGGACUCUUGGGCCGCAUAUCUUCCGACUUUGAGGAUCCUUGCUUGAGAAGCAUCUCUGGACACUCAACAGCUGUAAAAGGCAUCUUACGAAACGUGCAGUUCCGUCUCAAAGGCGGCUCGGUCACAUUCCGACGUGACUUCUGGGUUUCCGACUCCAUCAAUGAUAUCGUCGAUGUCAUGAUUGGGGCCAACUUCAUCAAAGACCAUUUCAAAUUGUUGUUCGAGAGGGUCAAGGAAUGCGUAAGCACGUUUGCCACGUGGUUCUCCAAGAAGAGAGAGACUCCCGAGCAGAAGGCAGAACGCGAAGAGAGAGAGCGUCAGCAACAGAUACAGAUUCUCGAGAACGAGACGAAGCGCUUGCGUGAAGAGAGCGAGAUGUACAAGCAGUCUGGAAGGGCAAACGAUGGCAGCCAGCAAGGCGGGUCGCAGAGAGCACCCUUGGCGGGUCGCUCUUAG